AUGACAUCCGCGGGCCGACGAGCCCUACAUGCUGGUCGCCUUCCACAACAAGGACGGCGAAGAGAUCAGGCUACUAGCCGACCAGAGGUCCGAGCUAGCCUCCGUCGUCUCCGCCUUCGCCAACCGGUCCGGCAACUGGUUCUACCCCGCCAUCCGAGAGGGCAAGCGCCGCCGCCGCCUCUUUCCCCUCCCCCAGCCAACAACAGGAGGUCCCGCGGGGGCAGCCGCACAGCUGAGGGCUUCUGGAACACGCUAGGUGUGCUGGUGAAUUCCACGGCGGCCAGUGGCGAUCCGGGGGCGGCCGACGACGACGACGAGCGCUACAUGGUCGUCGGCAUGCAGACCAGCGGCGGUGACAAGAUCAGGUUAGUAGUAGUAGUCGACCAGCGCCACUUUUUCAUCACCGGCUACGCCAAGGGGUUCAGCAGCCGCCCCAGGUGGUCCUUCCGAGACGGCGAGCGCCACCGCCUCCUCCCGUUGGGCAGCAACGCGGCGGACCCCGCGGAGCUGCGGGUGGAGCCGGACCUCUUCGCCCGCGCCCGCGCCGUCGCGCGCGGGCUCCAGCUCGACGUCGCCGCGCUCAACGCUGCCUCCGGGGCGGGGCAGUCCCCGUCGUGGCCCGCCACGUUCGACCGCGCGGCCGCCGCCGAGGUCGAGCUCGCCGCCUCGCCUUGGGCCGCCCCCGCGAUCGACGCCGUCGUGCGCGGCGUCGACGUCGCGCUCACACUCAGGGAGCCUGCGCCGAGGAAGCAGCGGCCAGACUACAAGGAGUGGGUAUCAAAGGAGAAGAAGCGAGUGCUUGCAUCAUUGGACCCUCAGGGUGAAAUGUUACAUGAGAUGAUUGAAGGUGUAGUUCACUCCCUGGAAAAUAGGUUUGCUUCAGUGUUUUCGACCGUGCUUCUGAACUGUGGUCAGGUGCGGUUUGACGAUGUCAUGAUACAAGUUCGGUACCUUGAUGGCUCCCAUGUUUUUGUACUGAGGGCAACCGACUUGCGGUUUGGCCCUGAGCCUGUUUUCCGCAGCACUCUGUUCAGAGGACUGGUUGGGUCUUUAUUGUCAUCCAGAAAGAAGAAUAAAUUGUCUGUUGAAUGCGCUGAGUUUGAAUUCCUGAUGAAGGAGAAUGAUUCUGUAGACUGCAGUGCAUCCUUCACUGGCGUAUCUGCUUCAGUCAGAUUGGAUAAUCUACAACUUUCUGCCUUUGGCAUUCAUGUUCCCAAAGCUUGCUGGGAAAUUUCACCAAAGUUUGCUCCUUCUUUGCUGGUGAUAUUGGAUAUUGCAAGCCAAAAGGAAGAUUAUGCGGUUAGGAAUGGCAGAGCGCUCUGGAAAGCUGCUGCACAAAAGGUUGACAGCUCAGUAGUGCGCCGAAGGUUUUCUUUAAGCAAAGCCGUAAGCUGUGCUGCUUUCUGGCGGAGCUAUGUCCAUGUUUAUGUGAUGUUGCUGACAUUAGUAGGGUAUCCCUCAGACAAGAUUGUAGCAAGGAACUGUGGCGGGGUAUCAAGGAACAAGAAACUCUUGGAUACUAUUAGACAUCAAUGGGAAACUGUUGUUGGUCUGGAGGAUAAAAUUCCUGUCGAAGCUAUUGCUAGAGCACGGUGUGCUGCACGUUCAAAACUGAUUGCGUCACAGCAGCUGAUCAAGCAGGAAUCAUCAAAAGCAGUUCUGGUUUCUUCCUUGUUGAAAAUUGUUACACCCUUCUUAUAUUUAUGGAGGUUUCUUGUGUUCAUUUGGAGGUCAGUGUGGGCGACGAUGGCCCCUAGAAACAAAGCAUCAUACCCAUAUAUUUUUCCUGGUUCUACUUAUGAUGUUGACAUGGAGUUUCAUGUUAGUGUACACCUUGGGGAAUUGUCUGUAACCUUGUUACCAGCUGUUGAUUGUUUCACUGAUACAAAAAGAUCAGACAGAAGAGACACUCAGAUUGAGUUAGCUUCGGUGCAUCUUGUAAUGAAGUCAUCAUGCUUACUUUACUCAGCUGGUUGCACCACACAAUCAUUUUUUCUAGUUCUCGGGGAACUGAAGACAUGCCUUUCCAGUGUCCCAAAGUUGGUACAAGCAGACAGUAGCAACAGUCCCAGGAGGAGUUCAUCUUUUGGAACAGCAGAGUUCACCAAGGACACUGACUCUAGGAUAAUUCUCUGGUGUGACUCAGCUAGUAUGAGCCCAUUCUCCCGACAACAAGGCGACGGAUCUUUUUACUUCAAUGAUGAUUUGUCCACUGCCCUUAUAAAGAGUAAUAUGGAUGAGUUAAGGUCAAAUUGGAUGAUAAUUAGCAAUGCAUACAAUGAAUCGGAUGUGAUUCAUCAUGAAAAACCUUCUGUUAUUUUUGAAUUCAAAUCUUUUCUCAUUGAUCCUUACAAAAGUAUAAGUGGUUACCAGCAAUUUAGAUUCACAAUCGGGAGACUAAACCUUGAUUUGGAUUAUUUAUGUGCUUCAUCAACUUAUCUGCUGUACAGACAGUUCAUGCACCACAAACAGCCAAAAGAACUAACUGAAAGAUCAGCUGAUUUUUCUAACAGUGGUGAUACUUAUCUAGACUCUACAAGUGGACUUGUUGACAAAUUGAGAUCAUCAAAUCAUAUAAUAAAGGUUGCAAUGUUGGAUGUGAUUCCAGAGAACACUCUUCAUAUUGUAGCACUGGUUGCUGGUCCAAGUAUACGGUUAUUCUUUGAUAAGUAUAAUAUGUUGCAAAAUAGCAAAGACGUAUACAAGCCCUUGCUUUCUCAGAUGAGUAGCAGGUCCUGCAUAGUUUUCAGUCUAGCAUAUGUGGAAUGUGCUCUUUGGCCAGCAUCUCUUUCUUCAACUCCUCCAAGAGCAAAUUCUCAUACCAAAGAAUCACAUAAAACAUUUGUUAGUGCGAAGGAGCCACAAGAACAUCAUCAGCUACAAAUAGAAAGUAGUGCGAGGAAUGUUUAUCCAGGGCAUGUUAUGCUUGAUGCUUGCUUCAUCUUUGCUGGUUUAAAUCUUCUGAUAGAUAAUCUAGAGGCAAAUCAGCAGUCUCACAUUUGUGGACCGCUGUCAUGCAGUUUCCUGAUUUCAGCUAGCAGGAACUAUGUCUAUUCUUUCUUUGGCGUGAGAAACGUCAUCUCAACUAACUUAGAAGGAAGGAUCAUUGGUUUCCUAGCUUUCUUCUGCAUGGAUGAACUCUUCAUGGUUUGCCAGCUUAUCGAAAGCAUGCAUUUGGAGGCAUUGAAGUCUGAUCCUGGAAACUUUAAGUAUUCCAGAGAUUUUAUUGGAAGACUAGCAUCGUUUUAUAAAAAAGGUAUUAAGGGGAGCACAAUGGAGCUUGUUGAACAUAUUGCCCAGGAAGACACAGUGGAUCCUCAUUUAGAACUCAGUGUUGAAAUGCAACUUAAUUUGGAGUCAGCAGACAUUAGCUUUAGUGCUUCACGUGGACUUUUGAUAAAUCCUGCUGUGUUUAUCAAUAGUUUUGUAAACUACAUCAGCAGCUCCCCUGUAUUUGAGGGCAUAGCAACACAGGAAUUACUUGAUGUAUUAGCUCUAGGUGUUGACUUCUGCAUCAAAAGUUCUUCUGCCAAAGUUCUGCUUAAUGGAGAAUACACAGACUUCCUCGUUAGUCUAUCUGGAAUUCAGUGUGUUAUAUUCGAGAAUCAACCUCAAAUGAGUACUUAUAAUGGUAUACUCCAGCAUGGGUGCAUAUCUAGUGGCUUACUGCAUAGCAAGAACCAGCUCAUUAUAUCAGAAUGCGUCUUUCAUAUUAGUGUUGGUUCCAAUAUCAACUUGGCUGACAAGAAAUUGCAACAUGAAUCUAGAAGUCGUCGCAUAUCUGCUUCUCUAGGAAACUGGUAUUCAAUUAAAAUUGAAUUUACAGAGGUUUUUGUUGGAGACUACAGAAUACACAGUUACCUAUCCGAAUUGAGGCAGCACAGCAAACAUAAAAUCUCAAUGUUGAUCCAUGAUGAUCUUCAGGUUGUCAAAUGCAAAAUCCAGGGUGGCUUGAUCUUUGUGGAAACAAUUUCAUUAGCUAAGCUUGUUCUGUGUUGCAAAGUUUACUUAUGGCUGCUUGUGGAUCUCUCACUGCGGGCAACAUCAAACUUAGUCAAAGAUAAGGUAGCUCCAAUUUCUGCAGGUGACUAUAUUGUUACCAACAGGUAUACUGAGAGAGGGGCAACAGCAGUGCCUUUCGUUGCCCAUGUUCAAAGUGAGGAAUCCCAAUUGAGUGUCAUCAAAUGCCUUGAUAUUGAAUUAACUUGGCUGUCCCUGACUCUUGUUGUCGUGGAUAAAUCAGGUACACAUCAGGGAUUAACUUUUGAAGUUGAUGCGAGUCUUCAACAAAUGAAUCUUGGCAUGGAGUUUUUGUUUGAAGUCAAGCGCCUUUCGAUCUCCACUGUUAGUAGUAUCCGCAAGAAUUCCCGUGAACAAUUAAGAGAUGUACCAGGACCUCGUUUUCGAUCCAGCAAGUCUGUUGAUCUUUCACCCCAGUCUGAAAUUCAAGAAUAUCUCCCAUUUGUAGAAGCAGACAAUAUGUGUAGUUAUGAUCACGAAGCUCCUUCAAGCUCAACUUCUGCACUUGGAAGUUUAACAGGCAACACAUCACUAUAUUUUUCAUCACAUGAAAAUCAGAUCCUGAAGCAUUUCUCUGCUUAUCUCAAGAUCAAGAGAAAAAAAUUGGAUGGUCACUCCGGUUUGGAACAUUUGUGUGGUGGUUGGUCUGGAAGUGGGUCUCUUUCUGGUUUGGAGGUGGCAAUGUCACUCUCAAACGUUGAGAUGAUCUCAUCGCUACUUGCUCCUGUUUAUGGGAUAAUGAGUUCUGGUUCAACUCAGAAGAAAAUACAGUCUGGUGGCACCAGUCGCCAAGCACAGCUAGAUCCCAUGAAUUAUACUAUACCUGAUGGAGCUAUUGUUGCUAUAAGGGAUCUUAAUCAACAGAUGUAUGUAUCAGUCAAAAACACUGGAAGUACAUACCAAGUGGUUGGUGCAUACCAUUAUUCCCUUGCUGGUGAAUGCGCAUUGUUUAAGGUGAAACACCAUAAGAGCUGGAGAUCCAACACACAAUGUAUUUCUCUUUUGUCUUUAUGUGCAAAGAAUAAUGAAGGCAAAGAGUUGGCCCUUAGUUUUUCUCGAGGAUCAGAUUUCGUUGAAAUUUCUUCUGAUGUUGACAAGCCGUGUUCAAUUUGGAGCACACUUCCUUUCAGGGUUGAUAGUUCUGAGGAUGACAGCGAUGAUGGAAAACCUUACAAGGUUAUACCAAGAAGUUCGUACCAUCUUGUCAACAAGAAAAACAAUUAUGGCAUUGCAUUUGUUGAUGGCUUGCUAGAGUUUGUGAAAAAGCCAGGAAAUCCAUUUAAAGUGCAGGUUUUUGAUGAAUCUAUUUUUUCUGAUGCUUCAAGACUUACCGUUAACCAUAUGAAUUUGGACAAUAACACUUACUUAGAUGUGGACGAUGAUGUGCCUUUUUCUGUGAGGGAUAGAUUGGCUAGUGGUGCAAGUUCUCAACAUGUAAUCAUAAAUGUUGACAAGAUUGUUUUUACCAUCACUCAUGAAGUCUCUGAUACUGAUAAUGUUUUCCCACUUGUCCAAACCUGCAUAAGUGAUAUCCGUGUUGUUACACAAAUAUUCCCAUCUAAAAUCAGGAUUCUAAGUUCAUUCAAGGUCUCAGCGCAGUACUUCAUUGCACGAAGAAAUCUGUGGGAAGAACUCAUCUCUCCUAUUGCCUCCUAUACAUUCUUUCGAUCUAGGUUUUUUACACCAGACCUAGUAACUAAGUAUGGAAAGACGGCUGUCUGUUUCUUCUUCAAAUUAAAGCAGGUGGAUAUAUUUAUUAAUGAGCUUUCAUUUGACAUCCUUCUAUAUUUGGUUGGAAAGUGGGACUUGAUGGGUCCAUAUGCUGUCAGAAGCUCAGCUAUCUUUCCUAACUCCUGCAAGAUAGAGAAUGGCUCAAGGCUGGCACUUGUGUGUCAUUUCAAAGAUAAUGGGGAUGCAAUAAUUCCUGGGCAACAGUCAACUUCAGUUUUCUUGAGGCACUUAACAUUUGAUGAUAAUAUUUCACAUGAUCAAAAUGUGGUUUCUAUUUGCUUACUCAAGGAAGGGGUAUUUUCAACUAUUCCAAUCAGCAUUUCUCUCCAUGAGUCUGGUAUUUUUGCAUGGAGAACCCGCAUGUCACCAGUCAAAGACCCGAGAACCUUUUCUGGACCAUUUAUUGUGGUCAAGGUGUCCCAGAAUUCUGAGGAAGGCUUAUCUCUUUCAGUUCAACCUUUGUUGAGGAUCCAUAAUAAGAGUGACUUUCCUCUUGAACUUCGGUUUCAGAGGCCAAACAAAGUUAGUGAAGAGGCUGCAUUUGUCACAGUUAGAAGUGGAGAUAUGGUUGAUGAAUCUACUGGAGUAUUCGAUGCCAUGGAUUUGUCUGGUGGACCGAAAAGAGCAUUGAUGUCUCUAGCUCUUGGAAAUUUUAUGUUGUCAAUUAGACCUGAUAUUUCGGAACAUUCUGAAAAUAUUGGCCAGCUAGCUUCAGUGAAGUGGUCAGAGGACAUCAUCGGUGAAAAAACCAUCCGAAUAUCUGGGGUUAUAGAAAAGCUUAACUAUAACCUAAGGAAAGCCUUCAAUGUUGAUUCCAUGAAGUCUUCUUUCAGCUCUCUAAGUUGCCCUGUUUUGUCCAAUGGGCAUCAUGUUACAGAUCUUCAUUUUUUAAUUCAUAUUCUCGUUAGAGAUGUGCCUGUGCUGCCUACAAAUGGAACUCGUGUUUCUGAAAGAAGUGCUCCAGUUGCUUUACAGUUCCAAAGAGAAAUUUUCAUAUAUCCAACUGUACAAGUGUAUAAUUUCUUGCAAACAGACAUACACGUGGUUCUGACAGAUUGCCAACAGGGAAAUGUCAUAGAAGAUGGCUUUGGUGGUAUUGGCAAGCAGACAACAAUCAUAAGUGGUUCAAGUGCUUAUUUCUAUGUGAAUCCUACACUAUUUAAUUUCUCAGUCACACUGAUUUCAUAUGGUUCAAAGUCUAAGACAGUUAAUAGUAGUGACUGGGUUAAGAGAAUGCAAAAGCAGACGAGUAAAGCUCAGUUUCUUGACAUGCAAUUAGAAUUUGCUCCUGGGAAGUUUCAUUCUUCAUUAAGAUUACUAUGUCAGGAGAAAGGCUUGUUGGAGGUUGCUGUAUUCACAAGAUACACAUUACACAAUACCAAUGACUACACGCUACAGUGCACAGCUUCACAUCAAAAACCACUACCUGUGUUGGAAUCUGGAAUGAACAGUAUCAAUCUUCCUCCCCAACAUGGUUGUAUUCUGCCCUCAAUGUCAAUGAGCUCCUGGUUUAUAAAGUCAAGCAAAUUACGAAUAAGCCUACAUAGCGAGAAAGGAUCAGAAGUUAUUAUUGAUUUGGAAGCACUGUCUGGCUUCACUGAAUUUUUUCUUGAGAUCCAAAAUAAUAUAUUACCCCAUCGUAUGGCUGCUUUUGGAUUGUCUUUGCAACCUGUUCUUUAUAACUUGCCUGUGCCAUCACAAGUAGUACUAAUAGUUCCAAGAUAUGUUAUUUCAAAUGAGUCUGAUGCUGCAAUUGCUGUUCGUCAAUGUUUUGUUGAGCCCGACCUUGAUGGAUUGACAGUUGAAGCUAAACAGCAGGCUACCUUACAGACAUGUAAACCUGGGAAAAAGGGAGAAGUAAAUUACUUUGAUUUAUUUGUUAAGAAGCACAGAAAUGUUUUUGAGGAUUCUCACAUUUUUAUCCAGUUCUGUCCAAAAGAACCUGGAUACAGUUGGUCUGGACCAAUAUGUGUUUCAUCAAUUGGUCGGUUUUUCUUGAAAUUUAGAAGAUCAGAAGGAAUGGUGGCAGAUGGUAUUAAAAGAGACCCUAUGAAUGCUGGGAAGCUGAAACUGUUUGCUUCUGUUGAUGUUGUUCAAGAGACAACUUCUUUUGUCUUACACUUCACUAAACCACCGAAGGUUACACUCCCAUAUCGAAUAGAAAAUUACUUGACUGAAUCAUCUAUCAUGUAUUUCCAGAAGGAUUCAUUUGAUUCAGAUGUAUUACGCCCUCAAGAGUCAGAACAAUAUGCUUGGGAUGAUUUAAGUUCACCUCGCAAACUGGUUGUCCGCAUUGUUGAUACACCUGCAUUGCGUGAAAUUAAAAUAGAUAAAAUCAGCCCAUGGAAGCCAUUUUUGAAGAUGCGCCAAAAUAGCAGGCUUAAUCUGGAUUUCUUAUUCAGUGAUGGACUCAAUUCAAGAAAACAAAGAUUUGAUGAAUCAUUUGAACUGAGAGUGUUCAAAAUUGGCUAUGAAGUGUAUGCCGAUGGUUUAACAAGAGUUCUACGAAUAUGUGAACAUGCAGAUAAUCCCAAAAUUGAGAAAAUUCAAUGGCCAAUAGCAAAUGUACAGUUCAGAAUUUCUUAUGUGUGUAUUCAUCUUCUUGAUAAGGGCCAGAAUGGGGAAAAUGUCCAAUUGCCAUCUACAAUCUUAACGGCAAGACUUCAGCAUGUUUCUUCUGAUUCAGUUAUCACAAAUAGAUUCAAGCAUGUGUCUGUUGCAAUUCAUUCAUUGAAUGUGGAUGAAAAAUGGGAAGGGGCUUCAUUCGGGUCAAUUCUUAGGAGGAACAAGCUUCAGGAUGCUACUCUCGAUGAAAAUAUUCUUCGUAUGGUCUUUGUACUGAAUUCAACCCACUCCAGUGUCAAACAAAUACAGUAUUGUUCCAUCAUUCUACAGCCUGUUGAUCUUAAGAUUGAUGAGGAAACGUUAAUGAAGCUAGUACCAUAUUGGAGAGCAUCCCUUGCACCUUCAGGCACGACGAGUACACAAUUUUAUUUCAGACAUUUUGAAGUACAUCCAAUUAAGAUCAUAGCAAGCUUUCGGCCUGGUGGCCGACACACAUCGUAUAGUUCUGCUCAAGAGGCUCUGAGAGCACUACUUCAUAGUGUGAUAAAGGUGCCUGAAAUUAGCAACUCAGCUGUGGAGCUCAAUGGGGUUCUCCUUAAUCAUGCUUUAGUUACAUUCCGUGAGCUACUUCUAAAAUGCGCUCAGCAUUAUUCAUGGUAUGCAUUGAGGGCAAUCUAUGUAACAAAGGGAAGCUCGUUGCUUCCUCCAUCUUUUGCCUCAAUUUUUGAUGACUCUGCUUCAUCUGUUCUUGAUGUUUUCUUCGACCCUUCUGAUGGAUCGCUCAACGUCCCUGGGCUUACCAUAGGCAUGUUUAAAUUUAUAAGCAAGAACAUGAAGUCGGGUGGUUUUUCUGGAACAAAACGGUACCUUGGUGAUCUCGGGAAAACUGUUAAAACUGCAAGUUCGAACGCUCUCUUUGCUGCUGUCACAGAAAUUUCAGAUAGUGUUGUGAGAGGAGCAGAAACAAAUGGUUUGAAUGGCAUGGUUACUGGUUUCCACCAGGGCAUUUUGAGGUUGGCGAUGGAGCCAUCUGUCUUAGGACAGGCUAUAAUGGAGGGAGGUCCUGAUAGAAAGAUCAAACUCGAUCAUAGCCCUGGACUUGACGAGCUAUACAUUGAAGGGUACCUACAGGCUAUGUUGGAUGUCAUGUAUAAGCAAGAAUACCUCCGUGUCAGGGUGAUUGAUGACCAGGUUAUCCUGAAGAAUCUACCACCAAAUAGCGCUCUGAUAAACGAAAUCGUGGACAACGUCAAAAGCUUUCUUGUGAGCAAGGCACUGUUGAAAGGAGAUUCUUCCACAGUUCGACCGUUGCGCCAUCUGCGAAAUGAACCUGAAUGGAGGAUUGCGCCGACGGUGCUCACCCUGUGCGAGCACCUUUUUGUGAGCUUCGCUGUGCGCGUGCUGCACCGGGAAGCCAGCAAGGCCAUCUCUGGAGUCAUGUCGAGAGUGAAGAAACCGAUUGUAGACGAGGGCGAAGGCGACUCGUCCUCAUCUGAUGGAGUCCUGUGUAAGCGGAACAGGCUGUGGACUGUCGGGAGGUUAGCGGUAUCUGGCAUGGUUGCCUAUGUAGAUGGCCGGCUGUGCCGGCACAUACCCAACCCCAUAGCCCGGAGGAUUGUCAGCGGGUUUCUACUGAGCUUCAUCGAAAACAGGGGCAACGAAUAG